UGACAUGAAAAUGACAACAUGUCAAGUUGAGGUGUGGUAAGAAAAAUUAUAAAAUCCGAAUGAUUCACGCAAAAUUUAAAUAAACUGUAGAUAUAAAUUAAAUGUUAGUUAAAAACUUAGGCCAAAAUGGAUAGUGAAGGUAGAAAAGUCAUUGUAUGUGAUAACGGCACUGGGUUUGUUAAAUGCGGAUAUGCUGGUUCAAAUUUUCCUGCUCACAUCUUCCCCUCGAUGGUGGGAAGGCCUAUCAUUAGAGCUGUUAAUAAAAUAGGAGAUAUUGAAGUUAAGGGUUUACAUGUAGAUGAUUUAAUGGUAGGAGAUGAGGCCUCAGCCCUAAGAUCCCUGCUAGAAGUAAAAUAUCCUAUGGAAAAUGGUAUAGUUAGAAAUUGGGAAGAUAUGUGCCAUGUAUGGGACUAUACUUUUGGUCCAAAGAAAAUGAAUUUAGAUCCAAAGAACACCAAGAUACUUCUAACUGAACCACCUAUGAACCCCACGAAAAACAGAGAGCGAAUGAUACAGGUUAUGUUUGAGGAAUAUGGAUUUGCAGGAGCCUAUAUUGCUAUACAGGCGGUUUUAACACUCUAUGCUCAAGGUCUUCUUUCUGGAGUUGUAGUUGACUCUGGCGAUGGUGUCACACAUAUUUGCCCAGUAUACGAAGAAUAUGCAUUACCCCACCUCACAAGACGUCUAGAUAUAGCGGGACGCGAUAUAACGCGAUACCUCAUCAAGUUACUUUUGCUCAGGGGAUACGCUUUCAACCACUCUGCCGAUUUUGAGACUGUAAGAAUGAUGAAGGAGAAGUUGUGUUACAUAGGUUACGAUAUAGAAAUGGAACAAAAACUGGCUUUAGAGACGACAGUAUUAGUGGAGCCCUACACCUUGCCUGAUGGCAGGGUGAUAAAAGUGGGGGGUGAAAGAUUUGAGGCGCCGGAAGCCUUGUUUCAACCCCAUCUCAUCAAUGUGGAAGGCCAGGGUAUUGCAGAACUAAUAUUUAACACUAUUCAGGCUGCAGAUAUUGAUAUGAGACCUGAACUGUACAAACACAUAGUACUCUCCGGUGGUUCCACGAUGUACCCAGGGCUCCCCUCGCGCCUAGAACGGGAAAUAAAGCAAUUGUACUUGGAGAGAGUACUGAAAAAUGAUACAAAAAAUUUGAACAAAUUUAAAAUACGCAUCGAAGACCCUCCACGGCGAAAAGACAUGGUCUUUAUCGGGGGGGCCGUGCUAGCCGAGGUCAUGAAAGACAGAGCGGAAUUCUGGUUAUCCAAAAAAGAGUAUGAGGAGCAGGGUGUGAAACAGGUUCUAAAGAAACUCGGCAAUCGCAUCGGAUAACAAUAAACAGUGAUCAACCUAGUGCAAAUAACGUGACUCUAAUAUUUUAAGCAUUUGAUUUUCGUAUUUCUUUUAUUCUGUAAUUAUUUUUACCCAAGCCAAUAUGCAUUUUAUUGUAAUUUUAGGUUACUUAACUAUUAUUUUUUUAAAUCGAUUCCUAAAUUAAGAAGAUAUUAAAGAGAGUUUAGUGUUGAAA